UCAACUUAUUUUGGUCGUCGUGGAAAUUCUAAACGACCGUGUGAUAAAUUAUAUGAUCGCUAUUUUAAUAAUCGAAAAGGAAAAAAUUUGCCUUCGUGUUCAAACACACCAAGAGGCAACGAUACGAGUACAAAAACAGACCACAAUCCUGAACUGGACGAAAUUGUAUCCAAAAAAUUUCAAGUAUGGCUGAAAUAUAAUGAUAGCCCACUAGAGGAAAUUGUGGAUAAGUGGAAAACGACACAUCUAUAUAGAAAAAUUUAUCUCAAGAAUUCAUUGGAAAGAGGGGAAACGAUAUCCGCAUUUAUAAUCGAAUGGCCUUUGUACAAACAUUGUGUUCUUGGACCACAGCUGAUCAAUUGCGAUUUUGAUAUACUCUAUCCGAACAAAGGAACAAAUUUGCAUACAAAGUGGGAAGAUUUCGUGCCAUUAAUAUACAGCUAUUAUAAGAAAAGUAUAAAGGACAAAGUUUCCCGAGAAAUUUUAAUUCAAUUGGAAAACGAAAACCUCGCUGCAGAUACUAGAAAUUAUAUUAUAUCUUUACUGCUGAAUGCUGUUAUUACACCCGUUGCCAGGUACAAGAAUAACUCGUCGUUUAAAAGGGUAACUAUUCAGGAAGGAAUGGACAGUUUUUUAGUCCAUGUAAACUCUGCAUCAAAUUUGGAGGAAACAUUGGCCGAAAUAAGGGAUCGUUUUUCGCAGAAAAAUAAUACUUUGCAACCCAUUAUAAUAGCUACAGGUUCUAGUAUUAACUGUUUAGAUAAUUUUUUUGUAUAUCUAGACGGAACCAAGCUCAAGUUCUCAUCAUUUUUGGCAGCUCUGGAUUUAUGUUUUAAAGUUUUUCAAGUUUUUGAUGUACAAUAUCCUUUAUACUGUAAAGGUGUUUGGCUUUUUAUCCAAAAGUUUUUUUUUUAAAUUGACACAAAAUACGACGAACAUCAGCCUAAAGUUGGUGGAUUGAUAUCUCAUUUGAAUUCGUUAUUAAAUAAAAAAUAGAAUGUAUUUUUGCUUUGUUUGUGAAUACAGAACUGAAACGGUUAAAAAGUUAAUAUCUCAUUUCAAUAGUGAACAUAAAUUGAAAAAUUUUGCUGUAUAUAAAUGUGCACAGAAAAACUGUUUUCAGCAUUUUUCAAGUAAAUGGUCAUUUGCAAAACACCUUAAUAGGCACGAAAAAGAUGCUAAUGAUGAUAACUUGAGUUUAAAUAUUGUAAAGUCGAAUUCUGAAAGUUCCAACAACACUGACCGAUCAUCAAAUAACUGUAAUAAGCUAGAAAUUCAUAUUUGUAUAACGGAGAGCAAUCCAAAUGAUAAAAUUAUAGAAUCAGCUGUAAUAUUUUCAUGUGAACUAUAUCCAAAAAACAAUUUAAGCCGAAGAGAUGCUCUUAGAAUCCAAAAAAAUGUUUCGAAUAUAUGUAUAAUAUUAAAGAUACACUUAAGAAUGAGAUUGAUAUUCCAUUAACUAACAAACUAUGCGAAGUUUUUGAAUUAUGCUCUGAUCCAUUGCAAUACGUAAACACUGAAUAUAAAUUUUGUAAGUACAUCCAGAGCAAAAAUUUGUUUCACAGUGAGCAUACUAUAAACAAUGAAAUUGUACCACGUAUCCGACUUGGAAAUCCUACUUAGGCUGAAAGUAAUUCAAAAGCUUAUAUUAUGCCCUUACGCUUUCAAUUUAAAAAAAUUUUCGAAUUAAAAUCUCUGUUUCGAGAAACAUUGAACAACACACAAUUCUUACAAAACCAAACGCAAUAUUCAAAUUUUGUAAAUGGAUCUAUUUUCAAGUCAAAGGAGCAAAAAAUUGGUAAAGGAAAGUUGAUUAUACCAUAUCUUCUUUACUCUGAUGAUUUCGAAACAAACAACCCUUUAGGAAGUCAUACAACAAAAGAUUCUAUAUGCGGAUUUUAUUAUUCUUUUCCGCCUAUACCGCAAUAUUUACUGUCUAGUUUGGAAUUUAUUUUUGUUGCCGCGAUUGUCAAAUCUUGUUAUUUGAAAGAUUUUGGAAGUAAUUCUGCCUUAUAUGGUCUCUUUCAAGAAAUUAGAUUUUUGGAAGAAACGGGUUUAGAAAUAAGUGCUCAUAAGCCAUCAUGUUUUUUUUUACAUUAGGACUUGUUCUAGGGGAUAACUUAGGUAUGAAAACAAUACUUGGUUUUUGUAAAUCAUUUCGAUCGGACAAAUUUUGUCGUCUUUGCAGAAGAGGCAAAAUAUAUUUACAGAAAGAUGUAGUCGAAGAAAAUGAUUGUAUAAGAAAUAUACAAAAUUAUUCUGAAGAUCUUAAGUUAAACAAUUACAGUGUAACAGGUAUAGUAGAAAAUAGUAUAUUUAAUGAUAUUAGCACUUUUCAUGUUACUGAUAAUUUUAGCGUUGAUAUAAUGCACGAAAUUUUUGAAGGUAUUUGUCGCUAUGAAAUCACCCAAUCACUAUUGUACGUUAUAAAAAAAAAAUAUUUUUCCUUUGACUUUUUAAAUACACGCAAACAAAAUUUUAUGUACGGGGAAACCGAAAUAGGAAAUUUUUCAGGCCCAUUAAAAUUACACUGUCUUCUUCAAAUUUAAAAAUGUCUGCAAGUGAAACUCGAACUUUCACACAUUUUAUGCCACUUAUUAUAGGGGACAAAGUGCCACGAUAUGAUAAAGUGUGGAAGCUUAUGACAUUAUUAAUCAAAAUCAUUGAUAUUUGCCUAUAUUCAUCUUUCACUGAAAAUGACAUUGAACUCCUUAUAGAUACGAUAUCUCGUCAUCACAAAUUAUAUUUAAAAGUAUUUGGAUUACUUAAGCCAAAGCAUCAUUUCUUGGUCCAUUAUGGGUCGGCAAUAAAGGCUUGUGGGCCUUUGAAAUAUAUAUGGUGUUUAUGAUUUGAAGCGAAACAUAAAGACUUAAAAAAAUAUACGUCUGUUAAUUAUUCUCGGAAGAAUAUUUCUUAUUCAUUGGCAGUUAAAACUUCUUAUCAGUUCUCUAAUUUUAUUUUAAAAUAUAAUGAGCCCACAGCAUGUGUUAUUCAUAACACAGAUAAAAAAA